AUUCCUAAAUUUUUCCUCAUUGCUGAAAAAUUCGGAAACGCGUUUCCUUUUUCUCGUAGUGAGAGGGAGACAUGUAAUCUCAAUCUCACCCCUUUUAUAUUUCUUACUUUUUGUUUCUCUCUUUCUCACAUAAUUCUUCGUUUCCCAGAAUCUCACCAACCCUAAAACUUCUCUCUUCAGGGAAAAAAAAUUAUGUGUCCGAUGAGGUUCUUAUUGGUUUUCUUCUCAGCUGUACUCGCCGGAUAUUUCGCGUGGAAGACGGUGAGUUCUUCGCCGGAAUUCGAUUCACCGGACGAAUUGAACGAGAAACAAGAACUCAAUCUCAAACAGAAGAUGGAGAAUGGGUUUUGGGUGUUCGUCGAUAUGGCUAGCGGAAGAUACCUUUGGAGGAAUCUUAAGGAAAUGAGAGAGAAAACUCAAUGAAGACGAUGAUUGUUGAAUACGUAAAGAUUUCAUCUUUUUUUUUGGUUUCUUCUUUGUGAAGAAAGUUUCAGAAACAAUAAUAAUGAUACUUAGACGAGUUUAAUAGUAUUCGUUUGUUCUAAUCUUUCUCCUGAAUUUUUGUAACUUUGAUUCAUUGAUUUGUUAUCUUGGAAAACGAUAAACAAAGAGUGUUGUAACCCUUCAA